CAUGGAAUGAAAUUGGUUUCCGUUUCAGUUCUUGGUUUCAUAUGUCUAAUAUUAUCUGAUGUUUAGGUCCUUAUUUACGCAUGACAUCAUAUAUUUUACGAAUUUCCAGGAUCACUAGGAUAGAGAGAUUCUGUAGUAGCCAUUCGAGCAAUUUUGGAAGGGGGACUCUUUUGAAAGUAGACUUUGAUCAAAGCUGUCAUUUUUCUAAGAAAUUUUAUUUUCGAUUUCAUCCUGGUUCUAGUAAACAUAAGGACUCAAGAUUUGCCCACAGUCCAGUCAUCAUGGCAGGAGUAUUGACAACAAUAUGGGAUAAACUUAGAGGUCAUCGUGCUGCUGCAACAUACUCUGGCCCUAGCCCACAGGUUUUAGCAGAACAAGAAAGAAUUGCCAAAAUGCCAAUCGAGGAAAAGAGGAAGCAUUAUCGCUGCCGGGAACACUAUAAAGUACUAAAAGAUGUUCCAACAUGGAAUGAGUACUUUCACAAGAACAUUACAGAGAAAACAAACAAAGGUCCCAAGAGUGAGGUUAGCAGUGCCUUGAAUGAUAAGGUAUCCAUCUGGCAGGGUGACAUCACGCAACUAGAGAUUGAUUGCAUCGCCAAUGCUGCUAAUAGCUCACUACUCGGUGGAGGAGGAGUUGAUGGUGCCAUACAUGCUGCAGCGGGCAGCUGGCUCUAUAAGGAGUGUAAAGAACUAAAUGGUUGUGAUACAGGAGAUGCCAAGCUCACAUCUGGCUACAAUCUUCCUGCUAAAUAUGUUGUACAUACAGUAGGUCCAAUAGGGGAGAAACCCAAUGAACUCAAGGCCUGCUAUGACAAUUGCCUGGCAUUUAUGAAGGAAUCAGAGAAUGGUCAAAACAUUGCCUCUCUUGCAUUACCUUGCAUAUCUACAGGUGUCUAUGGUUAUCCCAACCUCAAUGCAGCUGAGAUUGCUAUUAGUAAAGUUCGCAAGUUUCUUGAGGAGCAUGGGGAAAAAGUGGAUAGGGUGAUAUUCUGCCUGUUCCUCAACAAAGAUGUUGCGAUCUAUGAACGGCUGAUGCAGAUCUACUUCCCAGUGGCUGAGAGGGAACAUCCAGUGACAGAUCCAGGUGGUGAUCCCCAGGCUGUAAAUGAGGGAGAGACAGAAGAGUCAAGAAAACCAGAAGAAACAACAGAUCAGGCAGUAAAGGCUUCUAAACCAGUUCCUAAAGCAGAAAUUGAAAAGGUUGAUGAAUCCAAAGAAUCGCAGAACCGAGACAAGAAUUCCCAGGAAAACAAUGUGCCCAAUGAGCAAGAUAGCCAGGAAACACCUGUUGCUCAAACUUUAGAAAUGUCUGAUGAAUCAAUGUCCCAAGACACGGACACACAAAAUACAGACACACAAGACAAUGAGGAUAAACCGCAAGAUAUGGAGACACAUGAGUUAGCUAGAUCAGAGACCGUGGAAAUGCUUAGUCAGGAAGAGAAAGAUGUUAAGGAUAAUACUGACAAUAUUGGAAAUACUGGAAAUAUGGACAGUAAGGUGGACAGUAAAGCUGCUGGAGAUAUGGAGAAUGUGAAUAAUUCUCCAAUAGUAUCACCAGAAAAGAAAAGGCGAUCAUCAGAUGAAAAUGCCCAAGAGCAAGACUCAAAGCUUUAGAUAAAAUAAUCUUGGAAAUAUACAAUACAAUUUCUGCUCCAUUCUAAUUGAAUCAUAUUGCUUUCGAAUUGGAAUGGGCUUAUUGUUAUUGUCCCUAGCAUGGUGUACAUAUUUAAACUUUGGACUGUUGGGAUUGUGUAAUAUUUAAGGAAUCACUUCAAACCAUCACUAUGACAAAGGGUAUUAUUUCCCAUUUUUAUCCCUAUCCUCUCUAAAUAUUAAUCAUAGAUUUGCUAGGUACCUUUUAAUGUAGUUUGAAAACAAACCAAUCUACCAAGCUAAUCUGCCCAAUAGCUUUUGUAAAAUGUACCUCCUUUCAACAAAUUAAUUUUUGUGGUUGGGUGUACAUUGAUAAUUUGAUGUGAUGUUUCAUAAUUUAACCUUGACAUGAUUGGUGACAAAAUCUAAUUUACAAGUUGUUCAAAUCAUAAUUGCAUAGAAGCUGAUUCUAUAUUGGAAACUUGAUAUGAAAAAAUAUUCCCUCAUAAAUAAAUUUGAUGGCAAAAAAAUAUGAAUUAACCAUUUGAUGCUCAACCUUACUAUAAAAAAAUAGUUCGAGUUACAAGGUUUUUUAUUUAAAGAAAUGGACAUCUAAGACACCUAUUUUGAUGGUACAUUCAUGUUUUAAGGGCUGACACACAAGUGGAUUUUGGAAUUCUCUUGGAAUUCUGAACUGAUCUGUUUUUUACCUCAUUCAGUCUCAACAUGGCUUGAAUUAGUAUUUUUAUGUUUUUAAAUCACAAAACUAGAGAUAAAAUCUAGACCAUGCAUAGAAAAAUGGAUAAUUCAGACUAUUUUUUGUUCUUUGGCAGUCCUUAGUUAUUGAUGACACUAUUUUCCAAUGAAGUAACUUAGAGGGACAUUAGCGGUUAUUCAAGGUCAUUUCUGAGGGUCACUCCAGGUAGUCGAGAGGUUAAGUUAAAAUACACAUACACAUGGGUUAUUGAGGAAAGGGAAUGAACCAGACAUCUGAAGCUGACACAUGCUUUAAUAAAGCUGUCUUGUGAUAUGUAUAGAUAUAUAUAGUGCCUUGGCAUUGUUAAAAUGCUUACUAUAAAGAAUAUAAUAAAAAACAUUGUAUAAAAACAUCU